AUGGCCUGUGCGCACCCCGAGGAGUCCUGUACCAACCUGGUUCUGCAGAAGGGACAGUUGGCUUUUUCAAUCGUUUCGUCCACAGAAACCGUGAGUGAGGAGUGGCAAAUGCAGGUAUUUGACAAGGUCAUUCAAGGAACCACCUAUACUAAGAAAGUAGUUCUGCGGAAUCGUGAGAAGGUUGGAAGGCGGUUGCGGCUAGAAGUGGACCCCCAAAGCCCUUUUCGCAUUUCCCCCUUGAAGUAUCCCGCCGAUGAGGCCCUCAUACAACCUACCCCUGCUAGGAGCGGAGAGCAGCAAAGGUCUUCGCGCGUCUCAGGCAUUGUAGCUACAGGAAUGCGAGUUCAGGUUUGGGUGUCCUUCACGCCAACGCCUGAGACACCGGAGGCUAGGGGUGUGCUGGAGCUGCACACUGAGAAGGGCUCAUUCGCAGUGCCUGUCGUAGCUCGCAAAGAGCCGCCCCUCUUGGUGUCUCUGCCUCGGUUUCUGAACUUCAAAGCAGUUCGGCCGGGAGAAGUAGCUGUUCUGGAGCUGCCCCUGAGGAAUGGGGGAGGAGAAGCCGUCCUGAGGCCGUUGGUUGUGCCCGCUGACACCCCGCAUUGCUCACAAUCUGUACCCCUUUCACUUGACACUGGAGGAACGUCAGUGGCUUCCGUAGUAGCCGGAAAAGCAUCGGCAGAAGCAGCAGCAUCUCCUGCUGGCUACGGGAUACAUCACAGGCUUGAAGGUGGCGGGGACGAAGCCUUUGAAGCAGUUGCUCAAGUGGUGCUGUUGCCUCGGGGGCACCCAAGUGCUUCUCUUUGGCUGCGCUUCUUCCCACGGCGGCCUGGCCACUUUGUUGCCUCUCUGUUGCUUGUUUCUGCUGGGUCGCCAGGAGAAGAAAUCCCCUGCCUUGGUCGGGUUGAACUGAAGGGAUUCGCUGAGGGUGCUGCGUUGACCCUAAAGGACUUUUGCGGGGUUCAGUGGCCUGCUGGCUGCCUUCCGGGGUUGUUUGCGGGACUAUGCCCUUCUCUAGCGAUUGACGCACAAUGCGCUGCAGAUGCUUUAGUUAGAAGUCGGCUGUUCAUGUCUGAAGAAGCAGCGCCAACAGGAGGAACAUCGGCAGCAGUAGUAACGCCAACAGAAACACAAACAGGAGCAGCAAUAGCAGGAGUCAAAAGGGGCGAUUUCAGCUGUCGCUAUUUCGAUGAAGACAUGUUACCGCCUAAUGAAAUAUCCAUCAUACGAGCAAUAACUUAUUGGCUCCCACGACGUCUCGACUUCGGUUCUUCUCUGAAAGGACCCAAGGAGAGCUGCGUGUCGCUUCUAAUCCACCUCAUAUGCGCCUUCUUUGCUACGUUACAGCGGGGGGGUCCUCCCAUCAUCCGCACAGUGACUCUUUGCAACGAAGGGAGACUGCCCAUACGCGUCCAGUGGCGCUGCGCUGCAGCAGCAGCAACUGCAACAGCAACUGCAGUCGAAGAGAGUUAUACUACUGCGAGCGAGGCUUUUUCGGUGUCCCCGCCUGAGGCCGUCCUGUUAGCCCAAAGCUGUGUUUCCUUCUCCUUCGCCGUCGACCCCCGUCUGCUGUCACCUAGCGCGUCGCCCCUGCCUUGGCCGGGUAGCAGCACUGGCACCAGCAGCAGCAGCUCCAGCAGCAGCAGGGAAGGCAUUAGCAAACUGUUUUCGUCUGCAUUUUCCCUCUGGAUUGUGGGCAUCUCUCGAAGGGCUCUUCUUUCCCCACGUGUGCUGCUGACGCACUUUGAGACUCCCCCAUGCACCAUCUCAGAUGCGCAGCAGCAGCAACACCAACACAACGCCAACAGUGAGACACUGCUACAGUGGUUCCCGCUGCUGUUGCCGCUGCAGCCGGAGCAUUCCGCUGCCAAGCAGGCUGAGAGCGAGGAUGCGAACUCUCUUAAAGCUGCAGAGAAAACCGAUGAAGGGCUGAGAGACUGGCAGCUGCUGCUGCUGCAGCAGCGUGUCACCUUAGAGGCUCCCAAGCCUUUCGGUUUCUUUUCCCUUUGCGCUAAAGGUGGAGGCCUCAUUCCUCCACAGACAGACGAGCAGCUGCUGCUGCGGCUGCUGCCGCUUUGCUGUGGCACCAUAUCUUUUGAGCUGCCUCUCUCUGUCUUCCCUCCUCAACCCGCAGAUACCUACCCAAAGUCAGCUGCACCAGAACAACAAGCUGCAACAGCAGCAGGAGGUACUGCAGCAGCUGCUGCAGGAGACGGCAAUGAGAUAAAAGCAGCAACAGCCACAGCAAAACGGGAAGCAGACGCUGAAGAACAGCUGCGAGUGACCGUGCCGUUCUCUGUGGAGGUGACGGUUCCUACCGUGACUUCGCAUUGGCCCCCGCAGCUCAACUUUGGCACAGUGAGGGCGCACAGUCGCACCAGCCGCGGCCUCCUCGUCGUCAACACUUCCCAAGACCCGGCUGUCGUGAGGGUUCGAAUCCCAGCAGCAGCAAACAACUGCAGCGCAUCCACUGACACUGAUCUGCUUCAGGCAGCCAGUGAAAGCACUGCCGCUGCCUUCCCCUGCCAUUUGGCCUCUUCUCUGGUGCGCGCCCCUACAGAGGACCCGCCGCGACAUGCAGCUGCAGCUGGUGCAUCAGCUGCAUCGCCACGAACAACGACGACCCUCACGUCUACACCCGUACCUACAACAGCAAAAUCCGCCGGUUCUGUUAACAGUACUGAGGGGACCAUUACAGAAACGACAGCAACAGCAGCAGCAGCGGCAGCUGUAGCAGGACGUCCUGGUGCGUCUACGGCGGCAGGUGAAGAGUCGGCUAUCGGCUUGCCCUCCUGUGUAGGGUGCCUGUGCAUUGAUGAGUCCCUACGCUCUGCUGAGCCCUUUUUCUGCAACCCACUAAAGGCAGCAGCAGACGCUGCAGCAGCAGCAGCAGAAGCAGCAGCAGCAGCAGCAGGAGCUGCAGCAGCAGCAGCAGCAGACGCUGAGGUGACAGCAGGAAGCCCAAUUGCAGCAGCAGAAGGACGAGCUGUUGAAGCCGAAGAGUUCGCUUCAGUGCAACAGCAGCAGCAGUUGGCCCUGCAGAAGCAUUUGCUGGAGUGGAAGUUCCAACAAGAGCUAGCAAAACAGCAGCAGCAGCGAGAUCUGCUAGAGCCGCAGGUGGUGACAGGCUUGUCGGGGCAGUUGGUCGUGUAUCCUUCUCACGCGCUGCUUCCCCCAGGAGGUGCUGCGGUUUUCUUGGUGACACUGAGGGCCUCCCACCCCCAGGCGCUUUGUUCCUUUUUGUUUCUGGAGACUCUUGAGGGAAGCGAGCUUCUCCCCGUUGCUGUUGAGGCCCGCACAGCUCUCCCGCUCUUGCGCCUCAGCAGCCACCACCUGCAGCUGCCGCCGCUCUUCUUACUACAGCCGCGGUUGCUGCACCAAAAGCUGACUCUGUACAAUGAUGGAGACAUUUCAGUCAAAGUCCGCUGGAGCUCGCCUACACCCUUAGGAACUGAGCAAACCCGGCAGCAGCCGGAACAGCAACAGAAGCAGCUGCAGCAGCAGCAGGUCUUGCGGUCGAUUGCGCCUGUUUUUGGUGGCAAUAGGCAGGGCGGUUUGCUGCUGUCACUGUCUCCUGCCGAAUUUGUUCUGUUUUCCCACAGUAGCAGGACAGUGGAGAUAACGUGUGUCGGCCUCUGCGUAUCUCCGCACUUGGAGGCGAGGGCUUACUGCAGCGGACAGGGUCUGUUGUUGCCACUCCAGGUCUCCUUUGUUGCUGCAUGCAGCGGAGCCUCCAUCACUUACGCUCUCUUUUCACAGCAGGAACUUAAGACAGCGGAAGCCCUGCUUCUGCAAGCAAAAUUCCAGCAGCAGCAAAGCCCGCGCAAACAGCAGGAGCACCCCUCGCAAAGCCCACAGUCUCAGGCACUUAACCUUGUCCAGCAACCGCAGGAACAACAGAACCAAACGGAAGAGCCGCAGCAGCAGCGCGAGCAGCACCACGAAUACCAGCAUGUGCCGCAGAGCACCCGAAAUGAAAACAUGCGCGACAUUGCCAGGGGCUGUUUGCGUCCGCAGACAGCCAACGCUAAAGCAACAUCAGCUGGGUCGGCGGCCGCCCUCAAGGGUGCAGGCAUCGGCCACUGGGGUUCCUUACAGCAGCAGGGAAGCGGUGAGAGACAUGCGCCAGAGGCAGCUGAAGAACUCAGGACGCAAACAAUCGCUGCAGGAGGAGAAAGCGUAUUUCUUUAUCUCCUUGCUGUCAACAACUCUCCCAUACCCGCCUUCCUCCAGCUGCAGGCGUUCACACAUGGACAAAUGCACCAGAACGACCAGCAGCUGCUUCCGCAGCAGCAGCGCCAGAACCAGCAACUGAAGCACCCCACACACUGGGACGACGGCCGACCCGCUGGCGCCUUCACAUGCAAUGACUGCAACAGCAGCAACAGGAACAGCAGCAACGGGCGCUGGGAAAGCACGGGGUGCAGCAGCAGCAGCAGCAGGGGGAACCUCUCUGCCUGGAUUGAUCUCAUGGACUCCUGCUCGACCGCGCGCACAGAUAGCAGUAGCAGAAGCAGUAGUAGUUGCAGCAGUAGCAGUAGCAACAAGAACAGUAGUAGAUGCUGCAGCCGAAGUACUACAAGCAGUAACAGCAGCAGAGCGUUGAUGCCAUCUCAGACCGCUGAGGCGUUGCUGCUACAGGCAGCUUCUUGUUCUGCUCCUGUUGAGCUGCGGCAGCUCGUACCUGGGGCCUUUGGUGUACAGCGGCCCUCCUUCAAGGCCACAUCGGGUGUACGUACACUACAUGCAGCAGCAGCGAGGCAACGGAGGCGCAGGCUGCAGCGCACAGCCCCAGGAGGCUUAGUGCUCAUUUCCCAUCCCGAAAGCCGCUUGCUUUUACAGCAGCAUCAAGCAGUGCUCCUGGCUAUUGAGAUGUUUGCUGCCGUCCCCGCAGAUUUUUCUGCUGUCCUGCAGCUGUGCCUCGAGCCUUGCCAACCACAGCUGCAGCACGAUUUGCAACAGCUGCAACUGCGUGUUCAGCAGCAUUCGCAGCAAUACCCACAGCAGGAAGUGGCGAUUAUUCCGCUGAAAGUGCCGGCGAGGGGUCCGUUGCUGCUGCUACCACCCUUGCAGCAGCGCCUCCGUCCCCGCAGCGGCCUGCCGCCUCUGGUAACCGCCGAAGUGAUGCUGCAGCAGCAGAAUGUGGUGGCGAGAGAGCAGCAACAGCAACUGCAGCAGAAGCACCUCCAGAUCGCAAGCCUCACUUCCUAUCGAAAAGGCGGCAGGCUUAUCCCCCUUAAGCCUAUCUCUUACAAAAAGCAUACUCCCGUCCAAGCAGCAGGCACAACGAACGUGCAGCAGCGACAGCAAGAGCUUCUGGUGCAGCAGCAACAAGAGGAUGAAGAGCAAAGCGUAAUGUUUAAGGUGGAGAAUAACACCAACCAGUGGCUGCGAGUUCAAUGGCUGCUCUAUGACAUGGGCCUAUGGGAAAUUCAGCAGCAGCUGCAGCAGCAACUGCAGCAGGUAGCCACGUUGAAGGACCUCGCUGUUGAGGUGCUGCGUCGCCGAGCAAUCGAUGCGGCUCGUGAGGCAGUAGCAGCAGAAGCAGCAGCAGAAGCAGCACAAGCAGCAGCAGCAGCCGCUGCUGCUGCUGCUCCCGUGGCGCCCGUUGCAGCGGUGCGGAAGCCACUGAGAUCUCAACAAGGAAAAGCCCCUGACACGGCUGCUCUGGCAGCGGCGGCAGCAGCAGCGGCUGCUGUUGCUGCUGAGGAAGCGUCGAUGAAGGCUGCAGAGGCUGCGGCUGCUGCUGCGUCUGCUGGUAUAGUAGAAGCGAUCGACGGGUGGCAGGCAUUAGCGGUAGCAGAUGCCUCAGCAGCAACCGUAGCUGCACCGGCAGCAACCGUAGCCGCACCAGCAGCAGCCGUAGCCGCAGCAGCAGCAGCAACAGCAACAUCUGAUUUGAGAGGGGCUGCAUCACCUACGGAUCCUCAGAUGAGAGUCUCAGGCGACCGUCAGAGGUACAAGGAUGCGGUAGAAAAAGCAGCCACAGCAAAUGCAGGAGUGUCAAAAGAAGCCUCCACUUCUGCAGCAGCAACAACGAGUGCAGACGUAGGAUUGCAACCAGCAACAGCAGCUGUUGCUACGAAAGGGAAGACGGAAUCGGAAGAAUCAGAAGGGCUUACACCGGAGCUGUUAGAGGGAAAUGAAUCUGGGCUAGUGCCUCCUGAGCACUGCUUGGUUACUGUUGCAACACUUCUCUCCCAUGAGGCGAGGCCCGUUGCUGCUGCUGCUGCUGUUCUCGCCUCCCUCCAGCCUCCCGCUGUGCCGGUGUGCCCUCAGCCGCUCUUGCAAUCCGCACCUCAGGGUGAAGCAGGCUGCCAUACUGCAAACGUCUCCAGCUCUCUUUGUCAGGCAGCUGCUCCUUUUGCUGCUGUUGCCCCUGUCCUUCUUCCUGCUGCUAUUCCUGUUGCUACUGCUGUUGCUGCUAACUCGAAGGGAGGGAAGUGUCUCGUGCCUGCUGGAGGUGCAGCGGCCUGCUGGAAAACGGCAGCACCAACGCGGUCUUCCGAUGCUUCCUUAGCAGCUGAGCUCUCCGCAUAUGAGGAGGGCUGCAGCAGCGGGUCCAUGCGCGGCAGCACCCACUGCAGUGUUCAGCUGGAGCUGACGCGCAAAGGCUCUCUGGAUAUACGGCCCACACCAUGUGGAGCUGCUGGCAGUGCCGCUGCAGUUGCAAGUGCAGCAGCCUCAGGAGGUGAAGUACUCUUUAGAAGACCACGUGAAACAGCACUUGGAGGAAGGCCAGCAGCGUCCACAGCAGCAGCUCUAAAUAGUGCAAGUGUGCCUAAGGAAUUUGUCGUCCCCUGUGUAGAACCCUCUCCCUGUCUGAUAGCCCCCUACGGCCUCGCAGAGAUGUCCUUACGCUGUGGUUGCCUGCUAUUGGCUCCAGGCACACACAGACUAAGAGCAGUGGCUCUUGCAGAGCCCGUUCCAGCUGAUAUAGCACGACGGGAAGCAGCACGAUCAGCAGGAGCAGCACGAGCAGCGCCUACCCAUGCUGCCCCUGCAUCCUGCUUGACUCCACCGUCUCCUCAUCAGGGUUCAUCUGCGACGGGCAUUCGCGAGACUGCUGCAGCUGCAAACAGUGCCUCCCCUGAUUCACCUGCUACUGCUUCAGACAUUGCUGGUGCUGUGUCAGUCUGCGAUGUUGCUGUAGCAGCUCCUGUAGCAUGUGCCGCUGUGCCCUUAGUCAUAGACUUCAACGUGCGCACGUUGCCCCCCAAUUUACGCAUGCUGUGGGAGAGGGACCACUCGUCAGCAGCAGCGUCGGACACUGAAGCAGCAGCAGCAGCAGAAGCCAACGAAAAAGGAGAAGCAGCUCCACGCACAGGCGAUUUGGGGACCCUUUGGUUUGCUGCCCGAGAGUGCAUAAAUGACAACGGGAAUACUGCGGGAACAGCAGGUUCCGCUCUUGCUGCCACUCCCCUCCGUAAGGAGCUCCUCCUGCAGCCAGCCAGGCACUGCGCCACCGUCCGCUGCGCGGUCUCCGUUACAGGAAAUGCUUUCAAACUAGUCAAAGCAGAGCUGCUACAACAGCAGCAGCAGCAGCAACCACAACAACAACAACAACACCAAGAACAGCAACAGCCACAGGAAUUGCCCCUAGGCAAGCAGGUGGCGGUAACUAUUCAGCGGAAGCAGCAGCUGCGGCUGGUGGUGGAGUUUUCGCUUCCGUUUGAGGAGGCAAAACAGGAUGGUGAACACAGCCACUGCAGCAAAGUAUGCUGCGGUGAGUUAUCCGUUACAUUUCCAGAAACGGUCCCACCUUCCUGGAGCAACGAAGACGCGGAUUUAGCGCGGCUGUUGCUGUCACUGACACGACAGGCAAUGCAUCAGCUGCAGCACCACCAACUAGUAACAGACAGCGAUGAGCCCCUCUGCGAACCGCUCCUCUGCGGCAUGCUUCGACUCUUGCGGCCACAAGAAGAUCCACGCGCCUUCUUGUCGCUCGGGCUUGCUGCCCUCCGGCAACAGCAGCAACAAGACCAGCAGACGCAGCAACAACAACAACGUCUGCAAGUGAAAGCGCAGCAGGAACAACAGCAAGAAGAACAAACCGAACACUCCAAGCGUUUGCUGCAGCUGUUGCGGUGCGAGAAGCUGGUGCACCGCCUCGAUUUAUUUUGGCCCGUUGCUUCAGAAGCAGCAGCUGCUGGGCUAGCAGCUCGAGGAGCCGUGGGGCCUUCCACCACUUUUGGUUACUUCGGCAGAAGCGCCUUAGCACGAGCGACACCCCCUGCGCCUGUUGCUGCUUUGGGGGUAGCGAGGUCGGCAACCACUCAGGUUGUGUCUUUAAUAGGCGCUUGCAGGAAGACAAUAAUGCUGCUGUGGGCACCGCCACUGCAAUCCGCAUCAGCAGCAGAAGAGGCGGUAGAAGUAAAAAGCUUCUGGGCUACAUAUCGCGAUCCCAGAACCCCACUCUUGAUCGAUUUCGGCACAACACACAUCCAGGCACGCAGGCGGCCCUGCAGACUGCUGCAGCUCCGCGCCGUCUCUACGGCCGCUGUGAGUUGGCAACUCAGUGCAUGCAGAAGCAGCAGCAGCAAAUGGGAGUUCCCCGAAAGUGAACAGAAGCCACCCACUGAAGGAAGCCCAGAUCGAGCGUUUGUUUUGACUGAGGAAACGAAAGUGGGCGAGGUCGAGGCAUUUGUGUUCUGUCCUUCUGAGGGAACGCUGCCUUGCUUCCUGGCUGCAGAUGCGAGCAGCCGCAGCUGUAGCAGCAGACACAGUUGCGAAGCCGGAGCCACCAUCCGCAUAUAUUUCGUGCCGCCACACGUAGGCCUCCAUUUCUGCCUCUUCCGACUCUCUGCGGACUUCGCACCCCACCAAUUCGUGGCUCUGCGGGGAGUUGCUACUACAGACGAGGCAUUCGACGUCUCUGCGAACUUGGGCUUCAGCGAGGCCCACUACCCCGUCAACAGCACGCCCUGA